GUUGUUUACUGCGCGGAGAGCAGCUGAAGGUCGCAGUGAGGUUCAGAUCUGAGCUGCUGUAAACAUGAAGGCGCUGCUGGGCUUGUGUUCGGUGUUUCUGCUGGUUCUGCUGGCUCUGACUGGAGGAUGCUCAGCACAGAUGCCGCAUCGAUGCCGAACUCCUCCGCUGCUGUCCGGCAGUAUGAGCGUGAGCGCUCGAGACGGGGAGGACUGGGCGGUUGUCAAAUAUCGUUACGAUGCUUUCGGCCAGCGGAUCCGUUUAUGGGAGUUUGGUCAAGUUCAGAGCAAAUCGUUCCAUGUGAACAUGCUGUUCCUGUUUCGAGAGAGUGUGGUUUACACCAUCAGCUACAGGAACCGGACGUGUCAGAAGAAUCCUCUCCAAGCCUCUUUCCACCCCUCACACAUUCCCCAUAAUGCCUCACUGCUGUCACAGGUGGUUCUGGGAGGAUCGUCGGCGCCCGGUGAAGGGCUGCUGGUCAACACCUGGACAGGAGACGUACCUCAGACUGGAGGUAAAUAUCUGGCCACAGUCACAGAGUUCGGUUGCAUCCCGGUGUCGACGCUUUACUACACUGAAAAGACUGGUUGGAUCGUCACAACCUAUUUUAAUGCGGUGAAGGGGAUCGAGGACCCGGAGCAGUUCAUUCCUCCUUCGUUCUGCUCCGAUGCAGAUACCGAAGACGAGGAACUCGAUUUCUUCAGCGCCUUUCUCUGAGGAAUCUGUGUUUAACGUGAUGUAACUGAAAUAAACAUUUGAUUAUGAUUUUAACCAUUCUAAACCUAAACCAAUGAACACUUUCAGAAUGCUUUUGUUGUUACAUUUUAAAUGCUGUUGCUGCUCUUUGUGAUUUGCACAUUUAAUGCAUUUACAAUCUAAAGCACUUUCAUCACUUACAAAAGGGAAAAUAAACUUUUUUUCACAAACACUAAA